AAAAACCCCUGGUCGCGAAUAGUGCUCACACCUACUGACCGCUACUUCCAUGUAUCCGAAUCUAACAAUGGGCCAUUAUAUCCUCUAAUUGGGAUCCGCCCCAUUCAUUACUACGUUGAGAUAAGGCGCAGGAAGCUAACCGUCUUAGUUUGUUAUCAGUACACAACCGGCUGUCCUAGUCCAACAUAGCUACAUAUAACGAACUAAUGUCCAUUGCGUACCUCGCAAAUCGGAUGCCUCGACUCAAGGCACCCGUGACAGGGGAUUAACAAGGAUCUACAUCACGAGUGGUCUUGUUACGCAAGAUCAACAUUCAUUAUCCGCUGGCGCAGCACCGCGAAGCGAGACUGACCGCUCAGAGGACACUAUGGCACCAGCUUCUCGAGUAGGGUGCUAAAGAUUAUCGUCCGUGCUCUCAGAACAGGCACAACCUCUCUGCAAGCUCUCAUAACAGCUCCUGUUAGUUAUGAUGCCUAUGUUGGGGUCUGUUCUGAGCCUGUUCUGCGUGCCCGCUGGCCUGAGAUAGUGUCGAGAGCGCAUUAUGUCUAUCUAUGGUUAUGAGGACUGUGUGGCCGGGACAUUCUACGGAUUCACGGGUACUGAAAAUAAUGAGUUCCACCCUGGUUACACUUUCAAUCUCAAAUGGAGGGCAAUCGAUAAUGGAAAGAUCCCGCUCAACAUCUCCUUGGGACAAGCCGGGGGCACCCUGAUCGAUCCAAUCGUCAGUAAGUUGACCACGUCUUCUUCCACAUCCAUAUCCAUACCUUCGACGUCUUCAUCUUCGAGGAGCAUUGGUAUAGGCGUCGGGGUCGGCGUUGGCGGGUUCCUUUUGAUCCUUUCACUUGCUUUCUAUUUUCUCCUUCGGCGAAGAAAGGCCAACCAGGUACCACCGACAGCGACAGCGCAGGUGAAAAUGAAAAUAACUACCGUUAAUUCACACCCAGUCGAGUUGCCGACCAGGGAAGCUCUUCAGCAGAGGCACGGGAUGGCUGAGCUACCAGGAUAGGGAAGGAGAAAGAAG